AUGGCUCGUUACAUGAAGUGUGGAGGACUGGCUUUGGUUGUUCUAUUCGUGGUAGAGCAGGGUGUGCGAUCUUUCCCUGAAGUGGAGGCUGCAAUACCAGGAUGUCCAGACUGUAGACUGAAGGAGAACACACGUUUCUCAAGAGCAGGGGCACCCAUCUUCCAGUGUAAAGGCUGUUGUUUCUCCCGUGCUUAUCCAACGCCAAUGCGGUCCAAGAAAACAAUGCUGGUUCCAAAGAAUAUCACUUCAGAAGCAACAUGCUGUGUAGCUAAAUUAUUUUCCAGGGUGACAUUAAUGGGAAAUCUGAAGAUUGAAAAUCACACAGAGUGUCACUGUAGCACUUGUUACUAUCACAAGUCCUAA